GUCUGCUCAGUGAUCAGCUGUUUCCUUUGUGACCAUUUUAAUUUUUAAUCAUGUCAGACAAGCCGGAGGAUGCUCCGUCACAUUGUCCAGGAACUCAGAGCGAUACCGCUGGAAAGGCAAGUGCUUGUCAAGGAUGUCCUAACCAAGGAUUGUGCUCGUCAGGUGCUACUCGUGGUCCUGAUUUAGGAGCCGAGCUGGUGAAAGGCAGACUUGCUUCAGUCAAGCAUAAACUGCUGGUGUUGUCCGGCAAAGGAGGCGUGGGCAAGAGUACAUUCACCUCCCUGCUCGCCAGAACCCUUGCUGCACAAGAUGCAAAUCGCAAUGUUGCUAUCGUCGAUGUAGAUCUAUGUGGGCCGUCAAUGCCAAGAGUGAUGGGAGUCUUAGGUGAACAGAUACAUCACAGUGGAUCAGGAUGGUCUCCAAUUUAUGUUGAAGAUAAUUUAGCGUUGAUGUCAAUUGGAUUUCUUCUCGCAUCACCAGAUGAUGCUGUCAUUUGGAGAGGUCCAAAGAAAAAUGGUAUGAUCCAGCAGUUCUUGAGCGAAGUUGACUGGGGAGAAAGCGUCGACUUCCUUGUGCUGGACACUCCACCCGGAACCUCAGAUGAGCAUCUUUCUGUCGUCAAUUACCUGAAGCAGCUGGGUGGGCUUUCGGCUGUCAUCCUCACUACACCUCAAGAAGUUGCUCUGCUUGAUGUUCGCAAGGAAAUCAGCUUUUGUCGCAAAGUUGGCGUCAAAAUCGCCGGAAUAGUUGAGAAUAUGUCUCUUUUCGUCUGUCCAAAGUGCAAGAAUGAAGCUGAAAUAUUCCCGGCCAAUACGGGUGGUGGAAAGAAAAUGGCCGAUGAACUUGAGCUACCCUUCCUUGGAAGUCUACCAUUAGACCCACUUUUAGCCAGAUGUUGUGAUGAGGGUCGUAAUUACUUGACAGAACUACCCAACUCGCCAACUGUUACAGCUGUCGAAAAUAUAGUCUCCAAAAUAGUAAAGGCAUGUGAAGAAGACUUGUAACAAUCCAAAAAUGCGAAUCAAGAAAUGCGUCCUCCCAGAGGUGUAGGCCCACAUAAAACACAGACAAUACGGAAUCACAAUAUGAAAAUUGUGUGUGAGAUCAACGAUACAAGUAAACAUGGGGAAAAGUGAGAAACAACAUCAAGUGAGAGAAAGCAAUCUUCAUCAAUGACUGUAUCAAUCCAGUUUUCUCUGUGUUAUACCUGGAGACUGUGUAGGCUUUUGCUCUACCAUUCUAGCGCACACUCUAAAAAAGACUGUGAUUGGUCAAAGCAAUACUCGAAUGUGGCAUGUCUUUGUUAUCCGUUCAUAUUAUUGUCAAUGAAUGUCUAGAGUACUUGAGUAAAAAAUAUUUAGCCAUUUUGAAGCCUCAAAA